CUUUUCUCUCGCCCAAAACACAACAUCACCAACUGACGACCACUGUAAACAAACUUGUUUCUGCACACCCAAACCACUCCCUCACCAAAGGACCUUUUCUUCUCUUUCCCCCGCUCGUAACACUCUUCAAUUCUAUUCCCUCUUUUACACUCGUCAAUCGACUUGUGAGAGAUCUGAAAAAAUGGCUACUGAACGCGAGAGCAAGACUUUCCUCGCCCGGCUGUGCGAGCAGGCCGAGCGCUACGAUGAGAUGGUCUCCUACAUGAAGGAGGUCGCCAAGAUCGGCGGUGAGCUCACUGUCGACGAGCGCAACCUGCUCAGCGUCGCCUACAAGAACGUGGUCGGAACCCGCCGUGCAUCUUGGCGCAUCAUCUCGUCCAUCGAGCAGAAGGAGGAGUCCAAGGGCUCCGACAAGCACGUCGGUACCAUCAAGGAGUACCGUUCCAAGAUCGAGCUGGAGCUCGAGAAGGUCUGCCAGGAUGUCCUUGACGUCCUCGACGAGUCCCUCAUCCCCAACGCCGCGUCUGGCGAGUCCAAGGUUUUCUACCACAAGAUGAAGGGUGACUACCACCGCUAUCUCGCCGAGUUUGCUUCUGGCGAGAAGCGCAAGACGGCCGCCACCGCUGCCCACGAGGCCUACAAGUCCGCCACCGAUGUUGCCCAGACCGAGCUGACCCCCACCCACCCUAUCCGCCUCGGCCUGGCCCUCAACUUCUCCGUCUUCUACUACGAGAUCCUGAACUCGCCCGACCGUGCGUGCCACCUUGCCAAGCAGGCAUUCGAUGACGCCAUCGCUGAGCUCGACUCCCUUAGCGAGGAGUCAUACCGCGACAGCACCCUCAUCAUGCAGCUGCUCCGCGACAACCUCACCCUGUGGACCUCGUCCGACAACGGUGAGGCCGAGGCUGCUCCUGCUGAUGCUGCCAAGGAGGAGAAGCCGGCGGAGGAGAAGGCUGAAGAGCCCAAGACCGAGGAGGCUGCACCCGCCGCCGAGUCCUAAACGGCUCUCUUUUCUCUCUGUCUGUUCCUUUGAGCGCCUGCGAAAAGUCGAUGGAGGUUCGGUUCUCUGCUAAUGUCGGGGCCAUCCAUGGUGUCAACAGUGGAUUGGGUGAUGUUAGAAGGGAAAGAUGGUAGGGAAAGGCGAUUUAUGGCAUUGGUCACGAUCGGGAUCACCUCUUCCAGGGGAGUUGGUUGUUGUGGGUAGCGAGGAUACAGGGCAUGUCUUUUGUUUCUGUUCUUGGCUCCCAUGGGGAUUUCCUGCAGCACAUGGUUUCUCGUGUCCCUUUCCCGGUCAAGCACGCGGUAUCUGAACCUGUCAUGGCCCCAUGGGGUGUCCAACCCAUCUUGUGGAGAUGUUACAAGCCCUGGAACUUGUUUUUCAUGGAUUAUGUUGAUUUCCUUAAACUCCUCCUGUUUGUGUCUUUUGCCUAUUCCAUAUCGAGAGUGGUGGUCUCGAAAUUCCCCCCCAGAUGUUUUAUCAGUCCUCACACAACACACACACACACACACACACACACACACACAAACCAAAUUUAAAGCCCCAGAAAAAUCAAAACAGUCUUCAACCCAAC